AUGAAGACGGUUAAAGAAGAGAUGGAGACCUCACAGGUUGAGUCUCUAAAAAGUUCAUCACCUGAACGAACAAAUGGUGAAAAAAACGGUCAAACCUGGACGGAGAACAUCGCUGAAAUGAAUUAUGGGAAUGUUAGCCCCAGCAUUCUCACCCAUGGCCUUUGUCAUGUCCUCCACCUCUCCUGUGAAGAGACUGUUCGCCACAUGACCUGUGGUGAAGGUGCCGCAGGCUUCGCUAGUCUUCACAGUAGCAGUCAUGUGCAGUUCUAUUAUCCCGAUGGCCGUCUAAGAGAUUCGUCUAUUUGUCAAUCCCUCACCAUCCGUUAUGCCGGCCUCACCUCCACACAUCUGCCAGGCAGGCUGGUUGGCUGGGGACCUGGGGCCGUUCUCACCGUACUGGAUGCAGAACUGAAUCCUCUGGUUCAUGCUGUGGAGCCCAUGGAUGUGAGGGUGUGCAAGAUUUUGGAGCACUCUAAUGAGCUUGUCACAGCUGGAAAGGGAAACGUAUGUGUGUGGUGCCUCACACACUUGGUGUGUCGCAAACGGGUGGUGGAGGGUUUGGGGAGACAAGUUGUUUUCACACUUCUAGCACUGAUGACUAGUAGGACUGAGCAGGGCCUCAGAGCACUGGCUGCAUAUAGACGAGCUGUGGUUGUGGUGGACCUUACAGAGGGAUGCAUUAUUGAGCACAAGAAGAACCUCCAUUUAAGGGAAAUCACAGGGAUGGUCUACUGUCCACUUAGGGAUAUUGUAGUUACCGCAUCAGAUAUGACAAUCCGAGUGUGGGGACCAGACUGGGAACUUCAAAUGGCCUUUGUGGGACAUACUGCUCUUGUCACUUCUCUAGUUCUGUGUCCUGUCUCUGGCCUGUUGUUGUCAUCUUCUCUUGAUGGUACUUUGAGAUGCUGGAGACCAGAAGUUGGAGAUCAGGUCCAGGCUAUAUCCAUUCCUAAUGGGUGCCCACCUCCUCUAGUCAUGGGAGGCCCAGAUAGUGCUGGCACCUUCUUCUCAUACUCCACCAACAGUGUGGACUUCUGGACCUUCAAAUGCCUCUACAAUCUACACUGCAGACUGGAUGGGGUCCUGAGAGGUCCUGUCCAUCAAAUCUUGACCCCACCAACCCCCCCUUCCUUCCGUGCCUGUGUAGUUUGUAUCCAUGGAAACAGCUAUGUCACAGUUGUUGCGGCACAAACGGGUGAAGUGCUUACUAGAUUCCAAGCCAAUGGAAGAGUAAGGUGUGCUGAUUACUAUGUACCUAAAGAGAUCUUACUGGUCCUCACUGAGGAUGGAGUGGUAACUAUUGCUAGUACAUUGACCAGUCCAGUAACAAUACUGGAUGAGUGGCAUGGGAUAGAGCAUUGGGAUUGGUCAGGUGGGCAGAUGCAAGUAAAUAUUGGCAUAGUUUGCUGCAUGGUCUUAUAUAAUGAUGUUAAAGAUAUACAAAUUGGACAGGAAGAAUCGAGAUCCUUACAGAUGCAGAGAUCACACAAGCCAAAGAAGAUAAAACAUCUACAUGAUGCAAAAAACAGGUUUCUGGUUAUACUGGGUCAUUGUGGUGGUUGUGUGUCUGUGCUUAAUAUGCAUUCAGGCAAAAUCCAGUUCAGAACUUCUGCUCACAACAACCAAAACAUCAGCAGCAUAAAGGCAUACCCCAACAGUGGCUACCUGCUGACUGCAGGUGAAGAUAAAGCUUUGCUGGUUUGGCGUGUGUUCCCAUGUGCUCAGCAGUGUUUGAGUCUCCAUUUCAGCGUGUUGUGUGAUCUGCCUCCGGUUUUGAUGGCACUGAUGGGAACCCAACUCAGCCUCGCCUUACAAGAUCCUGAGAAUGAUACUUAUAGCCUGGUGCAAUAUAGCUUAGAGAGCCAAAGCAGAUCUGACCAGCAGCCCAAUGAAAAGCAUCACAACAAAAUCACAGGCCUCUGUGGUUGUCAUCAACUGAGCAUGUUUGCUUCAAGCAGUCAGGAUGGGACUGUACGGAUCUGGGAUAUGGAAAACCACCUUCUUAGAAUUCUUGAGCUGAAUGCAGAGCCGGAGUGUUUGGCAUACUGUGAGAGUGGAGACCUGCUAUUGGGCAUCACAGGAGACCUCUAUAGAAUCCCCCGAACACAACUACUGCCUCUAGAAUACAGGACACAAAAAUGGUAUCCAGACUCUGAAUUACCCAAAUCCUGGAACACAUCCAUAUCCUUAACCUUUGCUUUUAACUCUAGGACAGAGAGUUGCCAUAUUACUAAAAAGGAUGGUCCUGAAAGGCAGGAUAGGAUAAAAGAUCCAGACUUUGGGGCAAUUAUGGCAUUACAUAAAGAUCUGGAAUCCUUGCAAAAAGGAGAGGUUGAGUGCAAAAGGAGAAAACCAGCCAACAUACAAUCCAAACGAGAGGCUUUCAAUAAUUACCUGGGUCUAAUUUACAGGCAACCCCUUGAUAUAAGGAUUCCAGAAGAUAUGUUUGAUGUGUAUGCAAUACUUUUUCCACCUAAACUUCCUGAGCUUCCUCCUCUGAGCCCUCAUAAGCAGAGCGAACUAGAUGAAGUGCAACGCUUGUAUAAUGAAGAGGAGGAGGAGAAGAAGAAGAAGAGGGAAGAGGCUCACAUGCAUCUCACACCCAUCGUAAAGACUCCAACAAAACAGAAGAGCCCUCUUCCACCUUCACCAGUGGCAGAGACACUCAUAUACCCUCCACAAAAGCCCCUUCCACCAAUAAAGAGUCCUUCACCCCCUCUGACUCCACCCUCCAAGCCUGCCCCACCUUUACUCCCCUCUGUCCCUCCCUCGCCCUCUUCUGCCCUACCCUCUCCCACCUCACAUCUGCCAGAGUUUCUCCUGCAGUUUGUGGAUGAACAGUGGUUUCAAAAGAUGUUUCCUGAUCUGAGUUGUAUUUCCAGUUCUUUAAGCCCCAAGGAAUUCUGCAAGCAUCUGUUGAACUUCAUGAUGACUUGCAGCAUGGCUCAGAAGAAUAGCAUCCUGAAUGCAUUACGUAUGCUAAUACAGCAGGAGGUGUUAGACAAAGAAUCUCUCAGCACAGGACUGCUGGUUUGCCUGGAAAACUACAUUUACAAAAACAUGUCAAGGGAGGAACAGCAUUUUGUUGGUGAGCUGCUGAAUGUGCUGGUGUAUCUGAGUCCUGACGGUUUUAACACCAUUGUGGAGCUACUUGCCAUGUUGGCAAAUAAAGAAGCUGAUCUUAAGGCUUUAGUACUGUGUGUGCUGCAAAGGUUGGGUGUGGAGGAAGCUGAACUGUGGUUAUGUCCAGAAUUAGAGUCCUGGAACUCCCUGACGAAGCAAAAACCUAACCAGCACCACAGUCUUCGAGACAUGGCCAGCCACUGGCUGCUUACCUGGACCAGAAAGUACAAGGUGCACAGUGGGUCUGUGUUCCUACGCAGUAAAGGAAUACAGAGUGUGUUCGCACCUGUGGAGGUGCUCAAAUAUUUCUGCUCUGUGCAAAAAGGCAAACAGACUCGACCACCACCACCUCCACCAGAGGGCAGGAAAGAUGCUGUCAUCGUGCCUUCAGACUUACCUAGACUGAAGCCAAUUCAGCGCCUGGGAGAGACGUACAGCAUGUCUAGGAUACGGGAGCCUCAAGGACAUCUGCUGCCACCAUUGCCAUAUCGACCUGUGUUGAUGGAUUUCCCACGAUUCCUCUCUCUACCAAUGGCUCAUGUCACACUUUCUCCAUUCCCCUUUUCCCUGGAUUUUCAAAACUUCAAACGUCCCUCACCACAAAGAUACUUCUUCCUGGAACGCUCCUACGUACAAUAUUACAUAUAGUUAUUUCCAAAAGCAUUGCAUUAAAUCUGUGAUAGACUGUCUCUAUGAUGCAUCAAAUGACACAAAUCUAUGAUCAAACUAACUUUAUCAU